AAACAGAUUCGCUGUUGAAGAGACGCUUGCAAAAAUGAACUCCUGAAUAGCUGUCAAGAUCAUCACAGAAAAACUUCUAAAAGACGCACACAAAACUGUGACUAAAUAAGCGAAAACAUAGACACAUAUAAUAAGUUCGUAGUGAAUCGGAGUAGUGAUGGAGGGUCAGGAUAAUGCAGAUCAAGUUGGCAGUGAUCAGUCGGAAAUACAGCGCAGGAGACAGCUGGAUCGUCUGGCCCGAGAGGAGGCCUUCUACCAGUUUGUCAACAAUCUAAGUGAGGAGGACUACAGGCUCAUGAGAGACAACAAUCUGCUUGGCACCCCUGGUGAAAUUACAGCAGACGAACUGUUGAGUCGUCUUCGGCAAGUCAAGGAUGGCCCUGAGCCGCCGAGCAGUGGCACCACUGAGGAGAGGAGUGAAGGGCCAAGUGCAACAGAGUCAGAGGGCACUGAGGAAAACCCCAGUGGGGAGACUCUUCUGGACUGGCUUAACACAGUACGACAGACGGGUAAUACAACAAGGAGCGGUUACCGGGGUAACCAGUCAUGGCGGGCUGUAAGCCAAACCAAUCCCAACAGCGGAGAUUUCCGCUUCAGCUUGGAGAUCAAUGUCAAUCGCAACCUAGCUGAACAGCAAACGCAGACCGAGAGACUGGAAGGGGGCCAGGAACAACCAGAUGUCCCCAUGUCUGAUCCUGAAAGUCUUGUGGAGAUGGCAGAGGUGGUUGAGGAACCAGUGCUGGAUGAGUUGGCUGUUAUAGUAGAUCCAGAGCUACAAGUUCCCAGCACCCUGUCUUUAAACAGGGACAAUAGGGCACCAACUCCGCCAGCUUCAACUCCGCCAGCUUCAACUCCGCCAGCUUCAACUCCGCCAGCUUCAACUCCGCCAGCUUCAACUCCGCCAGCUUCAACUCCGCCAGCUUCAACUCCCCCAGCUUCAACUCCCCCAGCUUCAACUCCCCCAAUCUUGCCUCCAGUGGAGCAACCACGCAGGGGUCAAAUAAGGGCUCGCAGCAGAAGCCCAGAGCAGCGACGGACAAGGGCUCGCACUGCAAGAGGUCGUUCACCUCUCAACCUCGAAAGAUUGGAUGGACUUCCUCCUACUCAGCAUGGACUACCUAAUCGCAAUUCGGAGACCCUUCCUGAGGUGGAGGGAAGCUCAAGGACUCGGCAACUGUUUUUGUCUCGGCAGAGCACCGUAGAAGCUGAAUCUCAAGAAUCGGGAGCAGAAGCCCCCGAGGCACCACAGGAAAGAGAGGCACCUGCUGGAGAAGCAGGAGCUUCAGGUCGACGUCCUCCAACCAUAAUGCUGGACUUGCAGGUACGUAGGGUACGUCCUGGAGAGUACCGUCAGAGAGACAGCAUUGCCAACCGGACAAGGUCUCGGUCGCAGACCUCCAACAACACUCUAUUAUAUGAGACUGAGCGUGGGGGCUUCCGCCGGACCUUCUCCCGUUCUGAACGGGCGGGAGUGAGGACGUACGUCAGCACCAUCCGCAUUCCUAUUCGCAGGAUCUCAGAUACCGGACUUGGGGAAGCCACUUCUCUGGCUCUGCAGUCCAUGAUUCGGCAGAUCAUGACUGGCUUCGGGGAACUUAGCUACUUUAUGGACUCGGACUACUCUGAGUCGAGCCGUGAAGACAACCCAUCAGCAGACCUUGUGGAUGCACUGGGCAAUCCUGAUGCUUCUACUGAAACUGCUUCUUCUGAAGCAGAUUCCUUUGUUCCUGGAGCUGGAAGCUCUGACCAGGAUGGUUUGGAGGCACGGACAGAGGAAAUGGAAGUGGAAGGUGGAGUGCCCGGCGCUGCAACUCCUCUUGAAAACAGAGCCAGACCACGUGCACCCAUUAGCCUGGAUGAGACUGGAUCUCUUCCCUUUCUACGACUUGCGCACUUCUUCUUGCUAAAUGAGGAUGAUGAUGAUCAGCCUAGAGGCCUCACCAAAGAACAGAUCGACAACCUCUCCACGCGAAACUUUGGCGAGAGCGAUGCGCUUAAAACCUGCAGUGUCUGCAUUACGGAGUACGCCGAAGGCAACAAGUUGCGGAAGUUGCCCUGCUCGCAUGAGUACCAUGUGCACUGUAUUGACCGCUGGCUUUCAGAAAACUCAACCUGCCCGAUCUGCCGCAGGGCGGUUCUUGUGUCCACCAACCGAGAGAGUGUCGUCUAGCCAAAACUGGUUCGGUGGCACUCUGACAUGUUUCUUGCCUCUCUUUCCUUCCCUUUACAUUUAGUACCUAGUUAUUUGAGGACUGUCAUGCAGAUUUUUCAGUACAUCCUAUAUGAAGCCAUCAAGUUUUACCAGAUUCGCUGGAGUUGGCCAGGAACAAGUUUGUUUUCAAACUAAAAAUGAGUGUAUUCUGACUCAUCUUGCGAUGGAAUAAAUUUUGAUUCAAGACAAAACAGACGUAGACCAUGCUGCAAGCCCUGAUCAUUCACUUGUAUUGAAAAUCAACAAUGUCAUUCAACAACAUUAUAUGAUGGGCAACGUUCAUACGCGUUCAUACUAUACAGAUUUGAAUUUUAAAGUUAGUAUUCCAUAACAGAUUCCAACAAAAGAUUGUGUUUAAAUAAAACGUAACAAUUUGAUAACAUUGCACACCUGUAAGCUUGAAGAAUAGUGACUAGUAAUCAAACUUUAAUCACUUGAGACAAAUGCAAUUCGAUUGGAAGAUAGUCCCAACUUUUAAACAGUGCUGCGGUUAUUAAAACUAUUAUUAUUUUUUUCAUACAGUGUUGGUUGUGUUUCAGUAUGAAAGCAUGGUCUGUUUUGUACCAGUUCCCCAAUUGUCGUAAAUGUCCAUGUAUAGAUAAACAGUAGGAAAUUCAAGUUCUGAAUUUAAUAGGAUUUGGUAUUUUAAAGUGUUCUGUUAUGCUGGUUUUUGAAACUAUGUUUUCAGACACUUUCCAAACACACAAAAAGCUGUAAAUAUGCUACACAGAUCCAUCAGGUUUAAUUUCCCCCCAAUUUUUACUAUUAUACCAGAUGGCUGACUCAAACUUAUUUCAUAUAUCUCAAGAAAUACAACAAACUUGGCUACAUAAAGGCAAUGUUUUGGAAUGCUUAUAGGGAAAAUGUAAAGGAAGUUUUGACGUUGACUUGUAUGUUGUAGUCUGUAAAUAUUAACAUUCAAAAUGAAGAUUUAAACCGAAGUUUUCUAACAGUUCUGUACAUGGAAAAAUAGUAACAUUUAUCUUUAAUGCGGAGGAAAUUAUUUUUCUCAUUAUGUAAUGGUUGGUUUAUAUGGGUGCUAAUGUCCUUAGUCCCAUUAGAGUAAAGAAAUGCAGUGUUAUUAUCUAGGAACUAUAUAUGAAAUACCUGUUUUCAUUGUUUCUGUGUUGACUUUAAAAGCCUGACCCUAACCUAAACAUAAUAUCCCCAACCAUGAGUUACAUCAGCAUUUCAUAUAUUGUAAGCAAGCAAACUGUUGUAAAUGCAUAUUAUUGCAAAUCAGUUCUGAGGUCAAUAGAAUUGAUUAAUUUUGUCUUGAUAUUUAUAGGUUAUAUUUUUGACUCAUUUUCUUAGUCAUUUUUGACUAGCUUCCAAUGUUUAAAAUGAAUAAAAUUAUUUCCUCACCUGUCCAUUGCUCUGUGGCCUCACCAGUGUCCCGUCAUAUUAAGUGCUGCUUAAAUCAUAGCUCUGUUAUCACAAAAUUAAGUUAAGCAAUACCUCCUGCUCUUAAACAACUCAAGAAUAUGCUGUGAAAAGUUUAUUACCCAACACUGGUUCUGCACACCCUUGACAUAUUUAUUUAUUUUUUUGCAAGGUUUGGUUCAAGGUUUGAGCUUUAAUGAAUAAUUGAUUUUCCAGAAGUUUUUCAGUUUUGGAUUGGAUGAGUUCGCCAGGUGUCAUUUCCUUGUACCACACCACUGCUUGCUGCACAGAUAUUGCACACUUUCCACAGUCUGCUUGGCCGAAAGGUGGCUACAACUUGGAUCAGUCUGUUCUGGCUUCAUCAAGCCAUAAUGUUAUUUGUAUAGUACAAUAAAGAUAUGUACAGCAACA